UUCCGGUGUUUUGAGCAUGGCGGCUCAUGCUGAAUGUUCCGUGGCUGUAUCGUCUUUUGUGAGCUGUCAGGAUGCUUGUGCCUCCUCUACGGUGCCUUUGUCCGCGGAGGCGGCUCCGUUCACCCCCCGGGAUUCAUCCGACGCUGAUAAACAGUUUUCCCGCUGCUACGCCAAGCUCCGGGGGCUGCGACCACAGUCUGCCCAACUCCGAGAGCAGCUCAACCUGCAGUUUGACAAGCUCCUGUCGGAAAAUUACAACAAAACAUUCAACCCAGAUAUCACCAUUCGCCCAGAGGACGUGUGCACCCUUUUGAAACAUGCUAGUUCACUUGUUCUGUUUAAUCAAGAGCAUUUAGUCAUCAAAUUCUGUCAGCUUGUGCACCACCUACUGAACCAGCUGAAGGUCAUAAUGAAUGAGCUGACGUUGGAUGUACUGAUGAACUACGUAACCUGUGCUCUUAAGAAAUGCAGUGCUUGGACACAUUCAGAUAUCCUGUUAGCGCUGUCCACAAUAGUUUAUGGAAAUGGACCUCAGUGUCACCAGCACCUGGAGAAUCUACUCAGUGAGAAUGGUGUCCUUUUACAAUACAGCUCUCCCUCUCAACCAGAUCUGGAUCUGCAACGUAUUUCUCUAAACUGCAUGGCUAACAUAUGCCUCAGGAUUCCUGGUCAACCGCCUCUUGAUGAUCAAUACAGAGCUGUAUGUUUCCGAGGUUUUCUGAAAACACUGCAGACACCUAAACCUGCCAAUGCAGAUGAGCUCUUCUAUUGCAUGGUUUUACAGUCUGCACUAAAAGGACUACAGUGCUGUCUGUCUGGUGGAAAGUGGAAAUUUGGUGGAGGGGAAGAGUUGGGGUCAGUUCUUGCCAUACUGAAGCAAAUGAUGUUCCAUGGAUCCCCAGGUGUGAGUUUUGAAUGGCCGUCUGUGCUUUACCCAGCUCCCCUUCCACAGUACGAAGGACCAUCAUCAACAAGGCAACCUGAAACACCAAAACCUCCUGAGACACCCAAAAAUGUCACUGGCCAAAGCAAACCCUCUACAAAUAAAAAACGGAAAUCCAGAGGCAAAGGGAAGAAGAAUUCCACAGAGGAGAGCAAAGAUGCAGAUGAGGAUGUUGAUGGAGAAGAGAAGAUGAAUAAACAAGAAGCUUUAAAGGAGCGACAUGCUGGUGAAACAGAGAAUACUGCUCAGCCUUCUUCUCAAAGUCUUUAUCCUUCCUGGAAGCAGACCAGUUCAGACUCUGAGAUUUCUGAUCCAGAAGGUGGCACUCAAAGCAAACUGAGGUUGUAUCAUGGCCGUGUUCGCCAAGGAGCCCUGCUCUGUCUGCUGGCAGUAGUCAAAGGUGUUGAAAAGCGAACACUGUAUGGCUAUUGGUCUUCGUUCAUUCCUGAUUCGCCCAUUGGAGGACCACCUCAGCUCACUCUCCUCACAAUAAUAUUAAAGGACCCCUCACCCAAGGUGCGGACGUGUGCACUCCAGGUCUUGUCGGCCAUGUUGGAUGGGUCUCGGCAGUUCCUUGCAGUGGCUGAAGAUAUAACGUCCUCUCGACCAUCUUAUACAUCAUUUUCUUUUUCUUUGGCCACUGCCGUCAGAGAGCUGCACCGGGCUCUCAGUCUGGCUUUGCUGGCUGAAACCUCCCCCCAAACUCUCACACAGAUUAUUAAGUGCCUGGCUUAUUUGGUGACCAAUGCUCCAUACCACCGGCUCAAACCAGGUUUACUCAGUCCUCUAUGGAAGCAGAUCCGUCCUUAUGUGCGCCACAGAGAUGUGAAUGUGCGUGUUUCUGUUUUGACACUCUAUGGCGCUUUGGUGACCACUCAGGCUCCUCUCUCUGAGGUGCAGCUCCUCCUUCGACAGCCAGAGGGCAGUAGCAUCCUUGGGUCUUACACACCACAAGACACCAGUCUGAGCUGGCGGCAGAGGGAUGGUGUGUCUUGUCCAAGUCGGACACCAGUCAAACAGGAGUCACACUCGCCUCUUAACUCUUACACACCAAAGGAGGAGGACAGCUGGCCUCCGUGGCUACUGCAGCUGUGCAUGACCCUGAUUACCCAGCCACGAGAGAGCCAGUCAGACAGUGAGGAGAUUGGAAACACUGUCCUAGAGCCCUCUCCCGUCCGCCUGGAAGCUUUACAGGUUUUGUCUCAUUUGGUGCGCGGUUACUUCUCCCUAUGUCAAUCCUAUCUGUUCGAGAUUGGACAAGUGAGUGCUCGCUGCCUUGGAGAGACUGACCCAUCCAUCCAACUUCAUGGAGCAAAACUACUGGACGAGUUGGGGACUGGGAUAAUUCAACAGUAUAGACCAGAAAACAACAUUCCUGAAAAUCAAAGAAUUCCCAUCAGCCACGUGGUGACAUUUUGGUCUGAAGUUCUGAGUGGACCGUUAAACACAGCUUUACAGAAUGAACAACAUCCAACUCUGCAGACAAGCGCCUGUGACACUCUCUCGUCAAUCCUUCCUCAGGCAUUUGCACAGCUACCUGAAAGGACUCAGCUCAUGUGUAUCACCAUGCUGCUGGGACUGACCUACAGUGAAAACUAUCUGGUGAAGACUGCAGCUGUCAGAGCUCUGGGAAUCUACGUUCUUUUCCCCUGUCUCAGAGAAGAUGUAAUGUUUGUGGCUGACACGGCAAACACAAUCCUAGCUGCUCUUGAAGAUCGAUCUCCAAAUGUCCGUGUCAAAGCUGCCUGGUCUCUGGGAAACCUUACAGACACACUAACUGUCAAUAUGGAGAGUGUGAGUGUAGACUUUCAAGAAGAGCUAUCAGAUAUGUUGCUGCUUAAAAUGUUGCAAACUGCGACUCGAGCAUCAGCUGAUAAAGACAGAGUGAAGUCCAAUGCAGUGCGAGCUUUAGGAAAUCUUCUUCACUUUCUGCGACAGAGUCAGUUGACGCGGUCUGUGUUCAAACAACCCCUGGAGGAUGCAGUUCGUGCUUUGGUAAAGACUGUCCAAUCAGAGGCCAUGAUGAAGGUCAGGUGGAAUGCAUGUUAUGCCCUUGGAAAUGCAUUCAGGAACCCUGCUCUGCCCCUUGAAUCAGCCUCUUGGUCUGAUGAUGCUUUCUCUGCCCUCUGCAAUGUUGUGACUUCCUGUAAAAACUUCAAGGUUCGAAUCAAAUCUGCUGCAGCUCUGUCAGUCCCUGCACAACGCUGUUGUUAUGGCGACACGGACCGUUUUAUGUGUGUGUGGCGUGCUUUGGCCAUUGCCCUCAAAAACAGCGAAGACACAAAUGACUUUUUAGAGUACCGUUACAGUGCCAGCCUCCGACACACGCUAUCACAAGCUCUUUUACAUCUGCUCAGUCUGUCCCAAGCUGAAGACAUGUCCGCCCUAGCCAAGUCCCUCUCAGGUGAGGAGGGCGGGGCCAUUCGGGUGCAUUUGAUGAAACAUCUUAGAGCAGAAGAAGCAGCUACAGAAGGAGCAGAGGAUGAGAGGCAUGGAGAUAGUUUUACCCCUCAGCAGAGAGUCAAAGUGCUGGAGCAGACUGUGGACAGACUGAGGGGGCUGGAGACUGAAGUGAACAAAGACAAUGUUGUAGCCUUUCUGGAGGAUUUGCUGAAGAGCUGUGAAGAGCCAUAACAUUUUCUCAUAGCACUUUAUCAUUGUCUGAAAAGCAGGGAUCAUGAAGUAAUAAAAUGAAUAACAAUAAUGCACACAAAGCAUUAACUAACAUUAGACUGUAAAAAUUAUUUUAAUAUAAUUUUAAUAAAUACUCUUGUAAUCAGUGUUACAAACUAUACAAACUCAAACUCUUUAAUUUAUUUAAUAGUUUAUUUGGUUUCCUCAACAACUAUUGAGUAAAUGUUACUUAUGGCCUUUAAUCAGCCCUUGUUUUAAUUAUUAAAGAUUAACAAGCACAUUAAAAAAAAAAAAAAAAAUCUUUGUAACCUGGCUCACGCCAAACUGAUAUGUGUAACACUUCAAUUGAGUUCCACACAUUAUAAGUUUGAAUCAUAGACUCUUUAUACAGUCUAUGGUUUGAACUCACAAAUAUCGCAAGAAUUCAACUUGCUGUGCAAGUUUCCUUGCUUUGCUUGUUUUUGAGACAUCUAGGAGGGCAAACAGGCUAUGGGGCUCUCUGUAGUCUCUUUUAUUAAUAUACAUGUAUUAGUUUAAGUAGUUUCAAACCGUAUCCUUUCAAACAG